AUGGACAUUGCUCUUGCUUCUUCUAAAGCUUUUUAUUCAAUCUCUUACACUUUAACUCCAUUUAACCGGUCCAAUUCUGUGUUAGCUUGCUCCGUUUCGAAUCCAAUCGAUCGGAAAACAAGAAGAAGAAUCGUGAUCUUCGGUUCGAGUUUGGUGCUUGCUUCGACUCUCUUUGGUUCCAAUCAACAAAGAUCUCCAUUGGAAUCUGCAAUCGCAUUGGAAGAUGAGCUUGAAGAAGAAGAAGAGAGAAAUGUCAAUCUCUUCCAGAAAACUUCACCUUCUGUUGUAUUCAUCAAAGACAUUGAGCUUCCCAAAACAUCAUCUUCUGAUGAAUUCAAUGAUGAUGAGGAAAAUGCAAAGAUUGAAGGGACAGGUUCUGGUUUCGUUUGGGAUAAGUUUGGUCACAUUGUGACGAAUUAUCAUGUUAUUUCUAAGUUAGCUACUGAUCAAAGUGGAUUACAACGUUGUAAGGUGUCUCUAGUUGAUACAAUGGGAAUCAGAUUUACCAAAGAAGGGAAAAUUGUUGGUCUGGAUCCAGAUAAUGAUCUUGCUGUGUUGAAGAUUGAGACCGAGGGACGCGAGUUAAAACCUGUUGUUCUCGGUACCUCUAAUGAUCUACGCGUUGGUCAGAGUUGCUUCGCGAUUGGUAAUCCGUAUGGAUAUGAAAACACUUUGACAAUAGGGGUAGUGAGUGGAUUGGGAAGAGAGAUACCUUCACCUAAUGGGAAGAGUAUUCGAGAAGCGAUCCAAACAGAUGCUGAUAUUAACUCAGGAAAUUCUGGAGGGCCAUUGAUUGAUUCUUAUGGCCAUACGAUAGGCGUGAAUACUUCCACAUUCACUCGCAAAGGGAGUGGUAUGUCUUCCGGUGUGAACUUUGCCAUUCCUAUCGACACAGUUGUCCGAACUGUACCUUACCUCAUUGUGUAUGGAACAGCUUACAGAGACAGAUUCUGA